ACUCUAAGAUUGCAAUUGUAUUUACAGACUUUCACAGCCUGGUGUAACUCUCAUCUCCGCAAGGCAGGAACACAGAUUGAGAAUAUUGAAGAGGAUUUUAGAGAUGGACUCAAACUCAUGCUUCUCCUUGAGGUUAUUUCUGGUGAACGCUUGCCCAAACCAGAAAGAGGGAAGAUGCGUGUACAUAAAAUAUCGAAUGUCAACAAAGCCCUGGAUUUUAUCGCCAGCAAGGGGGUCAAACUUGUUUCCAUUGGAGCUGAAGAAAUUGUGGAUGGAAAUGCGAAGAUGACACUUGGCAUGAUCUGGACAAUCAUCCUUCGAUUUGCCAUCCAGGAUAUCUCUGUGGAAGAGACAUCUGCAAAGGAAGGGCUCCUCCUAUGGUGUCAACGCAAGACAGCUCCUUACAAGAAUGUAAACAUUCAGAACUUCCACAUCAGUUGGAAGGAUGGCCUUGGAUUCUGUGCACUUAUCCAUAGACACCGACCAGAGCUCAUUGACUAUGCAAAGCUGCGAAAGGAUGACCCUUACACCAACUUGAACACAGCCUUUGAUGUCGCAGAAAAGUACCUGGACAUUCCCAAAAUGUUGGAUGCUGAAGAUCUUAUAAGCACGCUUAGGCCGGAUGAAAAGGCUGUAAUGACCUAUGUUUCAUGUUACUACCAUGCGUUCUCAGGUGCACAGAAGGCGGAAACAGCAGCCAAUCGAAUCUGUAAAGUUCUUGCCGUUAACCAGGAGAAUGAACAGCUAAUGGAGGAUUACGAGAAGCUGGCCACUGACCUUCUGGAGUGGAUCCGACGCACCAUUCCCUGGUUGGAAAACCGUGCCCCGGAGAACACCAUGCAGGCCAUGCAGCAAAAACUGGAGGAUUUCCGAGACUAUCGCCGCCUCCACAAACCACCCAAAGUGCAGGAGAAGUGCCAGCUGGAAAUCAACUUCAACACCCUGCAGACCAAACUGCGACUCAGCAACAGACCAGCCUUCAUGCCAUCCGAAGGCAAGAUGGUGUCGGAUAUAAACAACGCCUGGGGCUCACUGGAGCAGGCCGAGAAGGGUUAUGAAGAAUGGCUGCUCAAUGAAAUCAGGAGGUUGGAGAGACUGGACCAUCUGGCUGAAAAAUUCAGACAGAAAGCAGCAAUCCAUGAGGCUUGGAGCACUGGUAAGGAGGAAAUGCUGAUGGCAAAGGAUUUUGAGACAGCGACCCUGUCUGAAGUGAAGGCUAUAUUGAAAAAGCACGAGGCCUUUGAGAGUGACCUGGCAGCUCACCAGGACCGUGUUGAACAGAUCGCUGCAAUCGCCCAGGAGCUCAAUGAGCUGGAUUACUGGGAUUCCCCAAGUGUGAAUGAAAGAUGCCAGAAGAUCUGUGACCAAUGGGACAAUCUAGGAGCCCUGACCCAGAAGAGGAGAGAUGCCUUGGAGAGGACAGAGAAACUCCUCGAGACAAUUGACCAGUUGUAUCUAGAAUAUGCAAAGAGGGCUGCUCCCUUUAACAAUUGGAUGGAAGGUGCCAUGGAGGACCUGCAGGACACGUUUAUUGUUCACACUAUUGAGGAAAUCCAGGGAUUGAUAACUGCUCACGAGCAAUUUAAAGCCACCCUGCCCGAGGCAGACCGCGAGCGGCAGGCUAUCCUAGGCAUUCACAACGAGGUAUCCAAGAUAGUCCAAACCUACCACGUCAACAUGGCCGGUACCAAUCCUUACACAACAAUCGCCCCACAAGACAUUAACAACAAAUGGGAAAAGGUUCGACACUUGGUGCCUCAGAGGGACCAUGCUCUGAUGGAGGAAAAUGCUCGUCAGCAAUCCAAUGAGAGACUGCGGAAACAAUUUGCAACACAAGCCAAUGUUAUUGGUCCUUGGAUUCAGACUAAGAUGGAGGAGAUUGGUCGCAUCUCCAUUGAGAUGCAUGGCACAUUGGAGGAUCAGCUGAACCACCUCCGACAGUAUGAGAAAAGCAUUGUCAACUACAAACCAAAGAUCGAUCAGCUUGAAGGAGAUCAUCAGCUCAUCCAAGAGGCACUAAUCUUUGACAACAAGCACACCAACUACACAAUGGAGCAUAUCAGAGUGGGCUGGGAACAGCUGCUCACCACCAUUGCCAGGACAAUCAAUGAAAUUGAGAACCAAGUCCUCACCAGAGAUGCAAAGGGCAUCAGUCAGGAGCAGAUGAAUGAGUUCAGGGCCUCCUUUAACCACUUCGACAGGGACCAUUCUGGCACCCUCGGAGCAGAGGAGUUCAAAGCCUGCCUCAUCAGCUUGGGGUACGAUAUUGGAAAUGACGCACAGGUAUUAACUGUUAGUGUAUAAUGUGAAGUACUCCAAACUGGUACAU